CUGCCCUGAGAAUUGAUAUUUCGGUGUGGCUGUUCAAUAGCUCUUUGGGGAGUGUGUGACCCCUGGGUUUGGAGGAAGCAGCCACAGACCAUUCAGAGAAGGGAGUUUUGAGGGGAGUUUCUGGAAAUGCUGGAAAGGUGGGGAAAGAAAGAGCUGUGUCCAGGAGAAGCUGAGGGGUUUUGUGCUGCAGAUGGAACGUGGUGGGGGCUGACAUCACAAAGGCUCCCCUGGUGACCGCAUUGAGCUGCGUCUCCUUCCCCCCCUCCCCACCACCAGCUGUAACAUCACCAUGGCAUCCUACAAGGGAAGCAGCAUCUUCCCUCGAAACCCCUACCACAUCCCUGGCUAUGGGGGCUACGUCCCUCAGUUCACCUUCAGGUUUGGGAAGACCUACGGCAGAACCACCCACGAUGUGCUGAUGGAUCCCACUGUCAGCAAGAGCCAUCGCUCCGUGCUGGCUCCACUGGACAACAAGGAAAACCUCCUUGGGCUCCAUUACCACAUCGAGCAUCCAGGGUAUGUCACCUUCCAGCCCAUCAACAGCCUUCCUGAAGUACCCCUUGGGCCACAACCCGUGGUCACGCCAGCGCUGGAGGAGCCCAUGAUGGCCCACAUGGACCCCAUGCACUGGCGGAGCCCCCCGGACACGGCCGCGCCCGGCGCCCGGCAGACCUGGCUGCCCCAGGAGCCGCUCCGGGGGCUCGCCCUGCACCCCGCGGCUGAGGAGCUGCAGAGGGAGGUGGCCAAGCCACCCCUGGCCUGUUGUCUGGGGAAAGCAGCUGGAACCUGCCAGUGUAACUGUGGAGGGGGCAAAAUGCUACAAACCGGAGGUGUGGCACUGCCAGGAGGGGCGACGGCGGAUUACACCUUGCCAGUGCUGCCUGUGCCAAAUGCCAUCCAGCAGAAAGCCAUUUUCGGGUACACUGGAUUCAUCCCCUGUGCCACUGACAACAUUGGCAUGAACUACAUCCUAUCUGUGAAGAAAGCCAUGAAGGAAUUUGACCGACGUCAGCUUUUGGAAAGAAAUCCACCUUAUACCUUGGGCACGAGAUUUCCCCGGACACACUGGCCAGACACCAAAAUUUACACCCGUGCCGGACUCAAACCUUUCUACUCGGGCUUUGUACCACACCUGCGGGACAUCUACGGGCUCACUUACGGGGACGGCACGCGGGAAGCUUACCGGUGUGAACAGAGGAGACGGGGACUUGCACUGUGAAAACUGCUUUAAUGGUGCCUGUACAGCAUUGGGAGUGACUUGGAAACAGCAAUAAUAACACAACACAA